CCGGCCUCCCAAAGUGCUGGGAUCACAGGCGUGAGCCAACGGGCCCAGCCUGUGUCCCUCCCUCGUUUUUAUAAAUGAAUAAAGAGAUGCUGGAUAAGCAGACUCUUGCCCGAGGUCACCAGCUUUGCAGUGUAGCAUCCCCCGAUUUGAUCCCCUGUCUCUUUGGCUCCAAAACCUACCCUCAGUCCUGGGAGCGGUUAGCGCCAACAGCUCAGAGAAAACGUGACGAAAACCAGUCUGUAAAACCCGAGCCUGGGAGAGGGGCUUCGGUGCGCGGGGAAUUUGCAGACGCUCCCUGCUGGCGGAGAUUUCCUGACCUGUCCUUCAGCGCGGGACUUUCGGCGGGUCCCGGCCGGGCCGACCCGAGUGCCGGCGGCGGAGACUGCAGUGGAGCCAGUACCGGCUAGAGUGGCCGGGGCCGUGGCGGGAGAGUCAUGUCAGAGCCGCAGCCGCGGGGCGCAGAGCGCGAUCUCUACCGGGACACGUGGGUGCGAUACCUGGGCUAUGCCAAUGAGGUGGGCGAGGCUUUCCGCUCUCUUGUGCCAGCGGCGGUGGUGUGGCUGAGCUAUGGCGUGGCCAGCUCCUACGUGCUGGCGGAUGCCAUUGACAAAGGCAAGAAGGCUGGAGAGGAUUUUCUGCCUCUGCCCCAACUGGAUUAAAUGUCUCUGCGCCCACCAGGUGCCCAGCCCUGAAGCAGGCCGCAGCGCCAGGGUGACCGUGGCUGUGGUGGACACCUUUGUAUGGCAGGCUCUGGCCUCUGUGGCCAUUCCGGGCUUCACCAUCAACCGCGUGUGUGCCGCCUCUCUCUAUGUCCUGGGCACUGCCACCCGCUGGCCCCUGGCUGUCCGCAAGUGGACCACCACUGCGCUUGGGCUGUUGACCAUCCCCAUCAUAAUCCACCCCAUUGACAGGUCGGUGGAUUUCCUCCUGGACUCCAGCCUGCGCAAGCUCUACCCAUCGGUGGGGAAGCCCAGCUCCUCCUGAUCACACUCUUGUACCUGGCCUGUGCAUCGGCCUCCUGCUUCAUGUCAACCUCCCACUCCUGCCAGGGGAUGUGGACGCCUGGCUCCCUGGGGUCCAAAGACCCUGGCACCUGAGUGGGUUUGAGCCGGACAGAAGCUUAGAGACAAAGGCUUCAAGAAGCAGUGGCUGCAGGGAGUCACAGAUGGGCAGGACCUGAACCCUGUCUACUUCUCUGGAAUCCAUGAUACUGAGUGGAAGUGGACCCGCCCAGCCCUGUCUUUUUCAGGAAAAUUACAUCCUCCCAUGGAGGAUGAGAGACUGAGGCUCAGGGAGGGCAAGGAAUAGGCCCGAGAUCACUUGGCAAGCUGGGCACCCAGGACCCCCAGGUGCUUGACAAAGUCACCCCAUGGUGGUAUGGCUGAACAAGGAGCGGCAGACAACUCAGGGAGAAACUCAGGAGUGCAGUACCAGGGACACCUCAGGACAGAUUUUCUGGCCAGGCCCUUCCCUGACCCAAUAAAUCCUGAAGA